GUCGUCGGCUCGGGUGGCGCUCCUCGGCUCAGCUGUCCGCAGUCGCCCCGACGCCGACGCCGCGCGCGUCACUGCGCCCGCGACGCGACCCUCCGCUCCACCCAUGUUGAACCUCGGAGCUUACAGCCUCCUGGCCAGCAUCAACACGAUGGUCUUCGGGAGCAAUAAGUUUCACAUUAAGAGAAGCCAGUCGAAGGCCUCUUAUCUCGCUUAUCGACGUGAACGCGGGGCUCCGGAUAGCGAGGGCAGCUACAAGCGGACAAUGUCGCCGAAUGCACGCCUAGACGAUCCCGUCCUUCUUAAAGUGACGCUGCACCAGCAGCAGCCGCUCGUCAAUAACAACACCAGUAAUCCCUCCCACAACAACAACAACAACAACAGCAGCAAGCGUGGAGGUACUGAACGACAGGAACAGGCAGCUGGAGAGGGAGAGGAGGAAGUUGGCCGCCAGCUGCGAGCCCCACGUCAGGCUAGUGGAGGACUUUUAUAG